AUGUUUUUUCAUUUAGUUUUAUUUGUCUUUAUGUUCGUAUGUAAUUUUAAUUUGAUCGUAUCUUCAAGCCAACCAGAAGUUACGCUAGAUCAAGGUAUUGUAAGAGGGUUGUAUACUAAAACAUACAAUAAUCGUGAAAUAGCAAGUUUCAAAAGUAUUCCUUAUGCAAAGCCUCCUGUUGGAAAACAUAGAUUCAAGGAACCAGUUCCUGCUAGCCCUUGGUUGGGUACAUACAAUGCAACAAAUGAACCACCUUCUUGUAUUCAACUUGACUUAUUUUUCACAAAAAGUGUAAUUGGAACCGAGGACUGUUUAUACAUCAAUGUCUAUACACCACAGCUGCCUGAUGGAAAGACCAAAGAACCAAAGCUUCUUGAUGUAUUAGCAUUUGUCCAUGGUGGAGCGUUCUUUGGCGGGGCAUCUACUGAUCAUGGGCCCUUUUUACUUCUUGAAAGGGAUGUAGUUCUUGUGACAUUCAACUACAGGCUUGGUCCUUUAGGUUUCCUUAGCACAGAAGACAGAGUAGUGCCAGGAAAUAAUGGCUUAAAGGAUCAAGUUCUAGCUUUAAAAUGGAUUCAAAAGAACAUAGCAGCGUUUGGUGGCAAUCCAAACAGCGUGACACUUGGUGGGCUGUCUGCUGGUGGGGCAAGUUGUCAUUAUCACUUGCUAUCUCCACUUAGCAAAGGUUUAUUCCAGAAAGCUAUCUGUAUAAGUGGGGUAGCUAUGAAUCCUUGGACAAUGGCGGAAAAUUCAAAAGAAAAAACUAUGAUGAUUGCGACAGAUCUAGGCUGUCCUACAAACGACUCACUGAUUAUGAUUAAAUGUUUGAGGAACAGACCAGCUGAACACAUUAUUGCAUCGACUAAACAAUUUUCGUAUUGGGGAAUCAUGUUCCCACUUGCAGUUUUUGCUCCAGUUAUUGAAAUGCCCAGUGCGACUGCUUUUAUUUCUGAUACCCCUGCAAGCCUAAUAAAUAAUAAACUUGGCUCUGAUGUUCCAACUAUUUUGUCUUUUGCAUUAGAUGAAGGAUUAUGUGGUGGAGGAGAGAUUUUAACCACACCUGGUAUGUUUGCUGAUAUGCAAAAUCGCUGGGAUGAAUUGCUUCCUCUUAUCUUAGAUUAUAAUUACACUGCACCACCUAAGAAAAUGUUGGAAAUUUCUCAAAAAAUAAAAGAAAAAUAUAAAAUUGACGAUACUCCAGAAGGACAUAAAAAUCUUGUUAAGAUGAUUGGAGAUCGCAUGUUUGAAUCUGGCAUAAGUAAAAUUUCAAAAUUGUCAGCUUCGGCUUAUACUUCACCUCUUUAUUUGUACAGGUUUUCUUAUAGAGGAAAAAGUACAGUAAUGGAUUUUUUUGAAAAAACUGAGAAGGACUUAGGUGUCAGCCAUGGUGAUGAAAUUUUUUACACUUUAGGACUUUUUGAUUUCAACCUUCCGGAAACUGAAUCUGAUUUAGAAAUGUCCAAACAAAUGCUUGAUGUAUAUGUAUCAUUUUUAAGAAAUGGAUUAUUAGGUGAAAACUGGGAGCCUGUGAAACAACACUUGCCCAAGAUUGCCUUUACAGACAUCAAAGGUCCCAACAAUUUCCAACUGACAGAAGUUGAAGAAUUAGGAGAAGAAAGUUUUUGGGAUUCCUUAGGUUUUAAUGAAAACUUGAAAUUGCCUGCUCAUCAUCAUGAUGAAUUUUAG